GGCAACAGACACACACAUGCUCACACACACACACACACACACACACACAUCUGGAAAGCAUUGAACACAGAGUGGGGAGCCUUGCAGGGAAGGAGCUGCACCCAGGCUCAGAGAUUUGAGAGUGAAGCCUUGAAGAUGGAAAGGACGUUCCUGCACACACCCUGGCAAAGACGAGACCACUAAAGAUCGCUGGCAACCUUCAUCCGGCUGUGAGGAAGACGAGGAGAAACCAGUGAACUUGGCUGAAAGGUCUGGCAGGAGCAGACGCCACGUUAGGAUCCAGACCGAGGCGUGGAGGCGGAGUGAGAUCGGAGAAGAGUCUUCUCCUUCAGGAUGCCGGGCACUCAGAGAUGUCUCUGCUGCUUCAAAUAUUUGAUGUUUGGGUUUAAUCUGAUCUUCUGGCUGGGGGGAUGCGGCUUGUUUGGAGUGGGAGUCUGGCUGUCCUUCACCCAGGCAGAGUUCUCCUCUCUUCCUCUGUCCUUCCCAUCGCUCUCAGCCGCCAACCUGCUGCUGGUUGCAGGUGGGAUCACCAUGGUGACGGGCUUUCUGGGCUGUCUGGGAGCCCUUAAAGAGCAGCGCUGCCUCCUGAUCACGUUCUUCGGGAUCUUGCUGGUGCUGGUUGUGACUGAAGUGACUCUUGCACUGGUUGUGCACGUCUUCCAUGACCAGAUGGAUGCCAGAGCUCAGAAGGACCUGAAGGAGGGAAUGGAGAUGUACGCAUCAAACCCUGAGCUGAAGAAAUCCUGGGACUUUGUCCAGAAAAAGUUCAAAUGCUGUGGGGCGACCAACAAAACGGACUGGUAUGGCGUGCUGAACGGAACGCUGCCCGCGUCCUGCUGCUCUGUGGAGGCAGCAGACUGUGACGAGGGCUGGAGCGAGCCGUGCUACCAGAAGGCCAAACAGUGGCUGCUUGACAACAUCCCAUCUGUCCUGGUGUUCGGAUGCUGCAUCGGUGUUGUGCAGAUUCUGGCUCUGAUCUUCUCCAUGAUGAUGUACUGUCACAUCCGUCAUGCUGAGAAGAACCUGGACUGACUGUCGUUUCCUGAGAGGACACCAAACUGCAACACCCCCCCAUUCAGCAUGAAUGAAUUCAGGACUGGGUUUGGACAAAAGCUGCAGAAAUGAAGCUAACUAGGUGUCAUUUUGUCCAGUCUAAAACUACAGUUUCCUGAAUUAUCCGUGAAUCUGCAGGUCUUCUCUGCAGGAGGAUCCAGUCUCAGCUGAGAUGCCACAGCUUCAUUAUUUGAGUUAUCAAGGAACAUCAGUACAGGAGCUCUGGAAUGAAGGGAAGGACAGUUUGUACUCAUUAAAUGCACUUUAUUAUGUGAUAUUUAGCGCCACUGAGCUGAAACUGUCAUCAAGCUGCAGAGAGUCAUGCAAACAUGCAUGUGCAUACAAGUGUGGAAAAACACGCUUGUGUGAACGGGUUACUGGGAAAAAAACUGGUAAAUAAACAUGAAAGCACAGCGGAAAUUAGAAAUCCACCUUAAACGAAUCCACCAGAUUAAAAGAUCCCCGGAGAGUUCAGACGGAGCUUUGGAUGUCUGGAGAAAACUAAGCUAAACUAAGCUGCACAUCGUUUUUACCUUCUAUUUAUGUCUGUCUGGAAGGAGCCAACAAAAGGAUGUCCUGUUCACAUUUACAUUCAUUCAUCUUAUUCAACACCUUUCUACAUUAAACUAUAACUAUCGAUUUUUA